GACGAGAUGCUGCGUCUGAUGAUGAGUGCGACCCUGAGAGACAGGCCCAAAUUCACCCAGAACUUCAUCCGCUACUCGGGGGCUUCCCUUCAGGAGUUCCUGAACGCCUCCACCCUCCUCGCCAUGUACAGACAGAGCGACCCAACAAGUAUCUUUGCACGAGUGUAUCACAAAGUGAUGGGAUCCCCGGUGGACGGAGCCCUCUUGAGGUCCAUUGGAACCUUCUUGUCCAAACUGUUGAACAACUCCUACAAUAUUGAAGUGUUCAACAACGACCAAAACAUCGGUCCCGAGCGACAUCUGUUCCUGUUUUCGCUUCUGCAACUGCAGGAACAGUCGAUGGAGUUCUACUGGAAGGAGAGUGUGGGCGGCACUGGGAGUGCCCUGCUGGCUUGUAGGUACUUGAGGGCCAUAGCACAUCACUCUGAGCUGGAUGACGAGCCAGAGGAACAGAAGAGACUGCUACAGCUGGCCACGACUUACGAGCAAAAGGCGAUCAACACCGUUGAACAGUGUUCGAAGGACAACGAGAUUCGAACCCUGAAGCUACUGACCUACAGACAGGACAUCUGGUUCCAGAGCGACCUCAUAGAAGUGGCUGACCAGAGCGACUCGACCAAGUUCAUAGCCAGCGAACACGUGCAGGAAGUGCUGGACUGGAAGUGGCUGGGAAGGAUGUCAAAAGUCAACCCAAAACUAUUGGUUUACUUGACAAUCUUCCUACCAUUCCUGGCCCUGUUCCUGAAAUUUGACGCCGACCCAGAGGCAUCCGAAAAGGAAGUGGACAAGGGUAAUGAGGUGGCAGGUGGGAAGCCCAAGCGGAAGAGGGUGAGGUGGUACAAGAAGAUCAGAUACUUCUACAGCGCCCCCCUCGUCAAAAUGCUCCUGUAUUACACGUCAUUCGUGCUGUUCGUGGUUGGAUUUGGAUAUGUAAUCCUGUAUGAACAACAGAUCAACCUGCAGCAAUUCAACCCAUUCGAGUUCAACAGCAAUGGUAACUUCGGGGAGUUUCUGGUGAUGAUCUAUGUGUUGACUCUGGUCAUAGAAGAAGUCAGACAGAUGUUUUCAUCUAGCUCAGAUCCCUUGCAGAAGAACCUUGGCGCCUACUUCGGCAGCUUCUGGAACUGGAUCGACGUCCUGGCCAUCCUGCUGUUUGUGCCAGGGGCAGUGCUGCGCUGGUUCUUCUAUGACGGCAACACUCCGAGUGAGGCGGAGGAUCUGCAGAUCGCGGCCAGGAGUCUCUACAUCUUCAGUCUGCUCAGUUUCAUGAUGCGUCUGGUGCACUGUCUCAGUCUCUCGGAGACCAUAGGCCCAAAGAUACUCAUGCUCAGCAAAAUGACUGGCGACCUGGUGUUCUUCGUUGUGAGUCUUGUGGUGUUCAUGUUCUCGUUCGGGACAGCCAUUAAUGCCUUCCUCUACCCCACAAUGGGCCGCAACAUCCCCUCAGACUCGACCUUCGUGGAACAUGUGAUCAGGAGCAUAGUGGACCACACCUACUGGCCCGCCUUCGGAGAAGUGUACCAAGUGGCGGCCGAGAUGGGCAUUCCGAGUGAUUGUGACCCGAGUGUGUCUCCGUAUGGAGGGUGUCAGUCAAGCGAGACCUAUGAGUUCCUGGCAGCCUGUGUGUAUGCAGUCUACGUCUUCCUCGUCAACUUCGUCCUUGUCAACCUCCUUGUCGCCAUGAUGGUGUACAGUUUCAACAAAACGCAGAAAGAUGCAGACGAGGAGUACAAAAUAGAGAAGUUUAGGUUCCAGAAGGAAUUCUACCACAAGCCCCCCUUGCCCCUCCCUCUCUCCCCCCUAAUAAUCAUCUACAGGGCCGUCAAUGUCCUCUACCUCAAGGCCACCAAGAAAUAUUCCAGAUGCUCUAUGGCCAUCUACGUGUGGGAGCGGCAGAAUAAGCGGGACAUGUUGGUUGUGGAGGAGGAGAGGAGGGAGAAGGAGGCUGGCACGGGACAGAGACUCUCCUCAAUUGAGGACAGACUGAACUACUUAGUGAGCAAAGUGGAGGGCAGCGAAGAGACGCGCAGGACACAGUUGAGUGUUAUGGAGAGUCUGCAGACGCUGCAGAAGAGUAUCAAUGACAUGAGUGUGUUGGUCACUGCCAUCCUGCCCCCCUCGGCAGUGCAGCAGAGUGGACCCAACAGACGCCACAACCACAAGUACAUCAAGGCACUCACCAACAUCGAACUCAGAGUGACAGGACACAGUUCAUCUAGCGAUGAUGAAGAAGAGACUUCGGGAGUGUACAGUGACCAGCCGCCCUCGUUCAUGAAGGAGAAACAGAGGCAGGGCGAGAGGGAAAGGUCACGAGAGGUCAGCCGAGAGCGGGCUCCUGUCGAAAGAGCAUCCUCGGUGAAGAGUGAGAGGAGCAACCGAGGUGGGGACCGGGAGAGGGCGCCGUCUCAGAGGAGCAAGGUGCCAAGUGACAAAUCGGGCAGCCACACCAGCAGUCGCCACUGGAGGUCCAUUGGCGUCGGCAGGACUCCCAACAACCUGAACACAGAGGAGUCCCAACUGAGCUCCUCGACUACAGACCAGGAGGAUUCUGUCUGGGAGCGAGGACCCAGAUCAGAUAGGAUGAGGAGCAACAGAUACCUUCUUGACCAGCAAGUGCCUCGGCAACCCGCACGUUACAUUACCGAACCGGGACCCGCUCCAGUUCCGACCCCUACUCCGGCACCAGAACCAGCGGGCAGGGGAGGCUACCAGAAUCUAGAUCAACAACCGCCAAACAACAACGCGGUGACAACUUUGUACGAUGAGAACCGACAGCCGAUCAUUUUGGCGAUGAAAGUUGAAGAUUCGGGCAAAGUACACAGGGGAGGUCGAGACCGGGUGGAUAGCAGCGAAGAGGAACGAAAGCGAGGGCUUCAAAGAGAGAUUGAUCUUGAACUGGAGCGAGAGAAAGAGAGGAUUCGGGAGCGUGAACGGGAGCGUGAACAAGAGAUAGAGCGUGAACGAGAAGAAGCAAGACAGCGUGAAAAAGAGAGGGAACUGCAGUUUGAACGGGAGAGGGAGGAGGCUAGAGAGAGGACGAGGGAGAGAGAGCUGGAAUUGCAGAAGAAGCAAAUCCAGUACUGUGAGGUAGAGAUUCAAACUGACGAUGAGUUUAUGAGUGGCAACGAGUCAGGCACUACUGCUGGUUCCAGCCGAGACAAGGAGGAGGAUAGAGAACGAGGAGAAGGGAGAGGCAAAGAGAAAAAGGAAAAGGACCGGAAAGAAAGGGAGAAGGACCGAGUGAAAGGGGAUGAGGAUAAAAUCCGCGACAAGGAUGCUGAUCGGAAUCGAGACCGAGUCCGCGAUAGAAGAAGGAGGUCAAGCCGGGACCGCGAUAGUGAGGUGGGAACCCGUCGUCAGAGCAGCCGACAAAAUAGCGCUUCCAGCACCGGGAGGUCUUCGAGAUCUUCGGUCACUUCGGAUCGAGACGGGGAGGGAGGUUACUCGUCAACAACAUCGGCAACUUCAGCAACCUCGAAAGAGACGGAGACGGCUCUGGCGAGGCAAGAAGCCCUGCUGGAGAAGUUGCUGCAGAGUCAAGACCAGACCAAUGAGAGCAUGAAAGAAAGGAUGGGUGAGGCGCAGGAGAAUCUGGGAAAACUGAUGAAUCAGCUGAAUGCCUCUUCCAAGAACAAACAGGAGCUGGACUCCCGACUAAAACGACUAGACAACAGGCUGGAGACGGCUCUCGGUGCAUUGGAGACUUACACAGUGGACGAAAGCAAUCGAGACAGAGUGAGAGGAGGAACUGCAAAUAGCUACGAGACGGGAUCCCUGUCAGGAGUGCCGAGACAGUCCUCCUCUCGAGGUUCCAACCGGAUGCCAGCCCCGUCCAGACACUACGGGGGGACAGAGGGGGUGCAUGACACCAUCCCCGAGGAGGCCAGAAGCAGCUACUCCAGAACAUCUUCCAGGGGCGGAGGGGGAUACACAGCCACGUAUGAGGACACUAGUCAGAUGAACAGACGCCAGACAGCACAGAAGGAGAAUGUUUCGAAUUUGCAAGGGGGUUCUGCGAUGGGAGGAGGAGGAGAAGGCGGAGUGGGUGGGGAGGGGGUGUUCCCCAACAUAGAGUACGAGAGACAGAGCAUAGUGAGCCAGAUCCCACUAGCCGACCAAGUGUCCAUCCACAGCCACAGUCUAAACACCAGUGCACGCAGAGAGGCAUCCCCACCUCCUGCCUCUGUUCAGGGUGGGGGAAGUAGACAGGGCAGUGGGAAUGGGAGGGGCUCAGCCGCCCCAUCCUCACCUCUUCCGCCCCAACAGCAGGAGGAACAGCCGAGGGAAUGGGGACAGAGUCAAGGAGACAUGGUGUGAACUGAAGAGGACAGGCGUGAACAAAGGUCAAUGACCUAUCACACAUUCCAGUUCACCAAAGAAACUUGCAAGCACGUUUGAUUCUCUCAACAAGAAUCUACGUUCUUCAACUAGCUGAAAACUAUAUACAUAAAACCACAAAAAAGUCAAACUAACAUUGUAAAUAUUUUUGAAAAUUGAUCAUCUACAUCCAAAUUUGUAUCAUUCUAACAGAAAUGUUCUUUUUCAAAA